AUAUAAUUUGCUAUUAAUUUUUUUUCAAUCUUUGUGAGAAAAUUUGAAUUAAUUGAAUUAUUUUCUUGAUUUUUUUAUUUUAAUUUUCUUAUUAUUUUAUUCACUUGCUAUUGAGAAUUUGUAUUUUAAUGAAUUUUUUUAAAAAAAUUGAAGAGCUUAAAUUUCAGAAAGAGAAAAAGAACGAAGCGAUUCGAAUGUUGUACAUUUUCCUCAAUGAAACGCAGCGACAAUAUGGCGAAUGUUUUGCGGAGGCCGCGAAACAAGAUUCUUUACUGGAACUACAACGUGAUUCGAUUGAAUCACUGCAGCAGAAAAUUAUUUACAAAGAAUCCAAUGUACUUUGUAAAAUAAUUCUUCUUCACUGUAUUUAUUGCGCCUUUAUUUUUCACUUACAGGAUCAGCUGAAAAUUUGCGGCACUGAUUGUGAAUCAUUAAAAUUCAAGAUCGAGAGUCUUAAGAGGAAUAAUAAAUCCCUCGAGGAGAAAUAUUUGUCAGCGGCCUUUUUGUGGAAAAAUACAGACUUAGAAUUAAAUGAAAUGAGAAAUCCGGAUAAAUUCAAAACAAAAGGAGUCGAAUGUAAAAUUGGAGACGAAGAAAUAAAAAGUUUACAACUUGAAUUUAAUUCCUUGACGCAGGAAAAUGAGGAUUUACAAAAGGAAGUUCAAAAAUACAGAAUUGAUUUUGAAAUCAUCGAGAAGGAAUUAAAGAAGCAAAAUGAAAUUUGUUCGUUGAAUGAAAAUUUACAGAAGGAACUGAAUGAAGUAAAUGUAUUAAAAUUGGAAUUAGAAAGAGAAACCGAAAAUUUACAAAUUGAACUAAAAAAAUAUAAGGUGGAAUUUGAAAUGAUUCAGGAGGAAUUAAAACAACAGAGCACAGAAUACAUUCCAAAAUUGCGAUCGGAUUUGGAAAUUAUUAGUUCUCAGAAAGAAGGAUUAAAUUCGGAAUUGGAAGAAGCGAAAAAUCGGAAUGAAAUGCUAAGUGAAAAAUUGAAAUUAACUAAUGAUAAAGAGAAUAAACUCAAUGAGAGAAUUUUCGAAUUGGAAAACAAUCAAAAAGAGAUGAUUGAGAAAUUAAAGGCAAAAAUAAUUGCCAGCGAGCAAGAAACGAAAAAUUAUAUUUCGGAAUUAAACGACUCGGAGAAAAUGUCAAAUUUUUUGAAGAGAUUAUUAGAGGAGAAAUCUGAUUGCAUGGCAAAAUUACAAGCUGCUUAUCAAGUAAUGAAGAACAAUAACACGAUUUUAAAAACGGAGUACGAGAAAUUUGAGGUCAAAGCGAAGGAAGAAAUUUUCGAAUUGCAGAGCAAGAUGAAAGAAAUUCAACGUCAACUUGGAAUCGUUGAGACUAAUUACGAAACUGUCACACAGGAUUUCAACAAAAGUCAGGAACUUUUGAAUCUAAGUUGUAAACGAGAAGUUGAAUUGCAACAAAUGUUGACUAGUCUGGAAAAGAAAUUUUAUUCCCGAAUAAUGAACACGGAGGAAGAAGAACUGAGAAUAAAGGAAUUAAUGAGUAAACUGAAAAAGGAACUUGAGUAUGAGAAGGAGAAAGUUUCGUCGAAAAAAAUAGAACUCGAAAAAAUUCAGACGGCCUGCAAUCUUUUUUCUACUCAACUUGAAGAAACACAAUACGAAUUGGAAAACCAGAAGAAGAAUAAUUCAAAACUACAAACUGCAAAUUGUUCUGUUAAAAAGAAAUUACAAGAUUCGAAAGAGGAAAAUUUGAAACUUUUGAGAAAAAUCAAAUUUCUCGAGCAAACUAGUGACAAAUCGAACAAUGAGCUGGAGGAUAUGCAUAAUAUGUUUAUUGACUUGAAAAAGGAAUGUAAAAUGAAGAAUAGAUCUUUAGCGUCAAUUACUGCCGAAUUGUCACAAGCGACAGCCAGCCGAUCAGAAUUAUGCAAUGAAUCGCAAUACGUUGUUUCCUGUAUUCGCGAUUGGAUGGAGGAGCAAAAUAAUAUCGUUGACACUUUAAAUGAAAAAUUGAAAAGGAAACAGGAGCAAUUGGAGAUUCUUGGCUUUCAAAAAAAGGCCCUGCUGUUGAAAAUAAAAGAGCAAAAGCGUAUUAUUAACGCAUUGCAACAAAAACGAAAACGACAACAAAGAUCUUACAUUGGUUCGAGGAAUAUUAGCAAUAAAAAUCAUUUUAAUUUGAAAUCAAUUUAUACACAAAGUGAACCGAGUUCGACAAAUUCUCUCCUUUCGAAGGAAUUUCUCACUAGAAGUUGUAAAAAAACGGAGUACUGUUCAACAUUCUUUCAGGAAAUUAAACAUUUAACGAAUGCCCUGAAGCAGGGAAAUGAAUUUUUCCACGAAAAUUCUAAAUUCCAUUCUGAAAAUGAUUUUGGAAUCGACGAGAAUCGAGAUUGUGGUUAUCAAUCAUCGACCAGCAAAUGAUGAACAAAAUAUUGCAAUUUCAGAAAAUUUGUUUUUUUUCUUCUUUAAGAAAAUAGUUUCCACGUAUAAAAAUGGAAAGAAACAAUUGAAAGUUUCCCUCCUGUGAAAAUCAUGUGAAUGACGAGUUUUUUUUUUAUUUUAAUAAAUCUUUUUUAUCAAUA